AAUAGCGCGGAAAACCGAAAAAUUCCUAUCCCCACCAUGGACCCAGACGUGGAAACCCUCGCCGACGACGACGCACUCGCCGGCGACGGCGGUGAGGCCGAUAGAUUCGAGGCGGAGGCGGAGGCGGAGGCGGAGGCGGAGGCCGAACUCCUUCGUGACCGCUUCAGGCUCGCUGUCAUCAACAUCGCGACUUCUGAAGGCAAGAAGGCGGGCAUGGAGGUUGCGGGUCCCGUCGUCGCCUGCAUCGCCGACUUGGCCUUCAAGAGCGCAGAGCAGCUGGCUAAGGAUGUUGAGCUGUUUGCACAGCAUGCUAGUCGUAAAUCCAUUAGGAUGGACGAUGUUAUCCUCACAGCGCAUAGGAAUGAGCAUCUUAUGGGCAAGCUGCGAACAUUUUCUCAAAACCUGAAAGGAAAAGAGCCUUGCACCGGGAAGAAGAGAAAGAAAACAUCCAAGAAGGACGAUAACAUGACCGUUAUCUGAUCUCAGAUAUUAUCCUUAUCCCUAAUUGUGCAAGAGUGUAGGCUGAAUUGACACUGCAGGAGCACCCAAAAUACCCACUAACUGGUACUCAACGCAUUUGGAGAUCGCGUGCAUGUACAAUGUUACCAGGUUUAUCGAUCACAUUUGUCGCUCUGUUUUGAAACUGUUGGUGUCAAGUGGUACUGGCAUAUUUAGAAACCUGUUGUUGCACGAAGUUUAUGUGCUGCCAUAGUCAAUGUUCCCAGGUUUGUCCGUCACAUUUGUCUCGCUGUUUCGAAACUGUUGGUGUCAAGUUGUAUUGGCAUAUCUAGAAAUCUGUUCUUGCACGAAAUUUAUGUGCUGCCAUGGCCUUCUGCUUA